AGAAUUUUCAAUCCAUUUCUCUCAUCAAGCAGAGAAAGUUGCAGAGACGAAGAUUAAAACAGUCAGUCAGUGUCUUGCAGCUUUUUGUCUGCUCGAUCUUUGCAUUUUCAUUUAUGGCUUUGAACUCAGAGGUACAGAUGGCUACAUCAAUUUCCCGGAGACAAUCAGGAGGAAGAAAUGGGUUAUCGGAAAAUUUUACAAGUGGUCAACGUAGAACUUCCCAAAAUUUGACCAAAAAAGUGUUUCACCAUCUGAAGAAACCCCUGGACUCACGGGAAUCUCUAUUUUACUGGACUUUAACUGUCCUGGGUAUGAUCUCGACAUGCUCAGAUUCCUUCUUUCUGUACAGUUUCAAGGUCAACGAUCUUAAAAACAGCCUUGAACUGGAAAGCCAUGCAGCAAUUAUAGCCACUGUUUGCCGCACUGUGUUUGAUCUCUUGAUUAUUUUUCCUUGUAUGCACGAAAGAGGAAAGGAAGGAGACACUGUGAUUCAAAGGCAAAAAAGGCUGUAUUUCUGGGUUGAUGCAAUCCUCAGCAAUUUGCCACUACCACAGCUGGUGGUUUCGAUUAUGAUUGCCGGUAUGACAAGUUGGACACCCUUACACGCAUUACGGAUCUUGAAAUACGUUAUCAUUUCCCAGUACCCACCUAGGUUUUUAAGAAUUUAUAGGUUUUAUAGGCAAGCUGAAACUUCCGAAAGCAUCGUUACUCCACAUUUGUGGGUACAUGCUUCAUGUUGUUUCCUCAUUUACCCGCUUGAUGGUCAUGUACUUGGAGCCUUGUGCUAUUUAUUGGCUGUUGAAAGAUUAACUCAAUGCUGGCGUAUUGCUGGAACCACUAUCAUUUGCACUAUGAAUGCAACAACUUUUGAUUUUGGGAUGUUUCAAGAGGUCAUUCUCUCUGGUGUUUUGGAGAAAAAUUUAAUGACAAAGUUCAUGUUUUGUUUUAACUGGGGCUUGCAGACUAUAAGAUCCUUGGGUGGAAACUUCAAUACAAGUACAGAUGUUUGGGAAAACUUAUUUGUAGUUUUCAUUAAUCUGUUUUGCAUGGUGUUCAUCACUUUACUUGUGCUGGGAAAAUUGCAGCACCUUCUGCUUUCUAAGUACAGGAAAUUAGCGGACAAGAAUUUGAGGGUCCAAGAGCUAGUUCGAUCCAAGACCUUUAAAAUGCUCUCCACAAAUCGGCAAGAACAAAUUAAGAGUCAGUUGCAAUAUGGAUGGCAAGAAACAGGAGCUGUUGAGGGACAACGUCUCCUUGAUAUUCUUCCUUCAGGCCUCCAAGAAGAUGUAUUGAGAGAACUUUGCUUAGAAAAGAUCAAGAAAGUGCAUGUGUUCAAAAGAUUGGAUGAACAAAUUUUGAAAGAAAUGUGUGGCCAUCUUAAGUCAGUGUUUUAUGCAGAAGGAUAUUGUAUUGCUAGAAAAGACGAGAGAAUCAAGGCGAUGCUCUUCAUCAUACACGGCACAGUACAAUCUACCAUGACUGAAAAAGAUAGUUCCCCUGUGGCUCAGGAAUACAGUGAUGGUGAAUAUUGGGGUGAAGAAAUUGCAAUAUCUUGUUUGCAUCCUUAUUUGAAUUGGGAACCCAUAUCAAAUGGAAAUGUUAGAGCUGCUACUAAUGUUCAAGCCUUUGCUCUAGAGUUGGGUGACCUGAAGAAGGCUUUAGAAAAACACCGGUAAGUAAAAAUGCUCGUAUUAUACAAAAAGCUUGGCACUGUUAUAAGAAGAAAAAGGAGCUUUGAAAGAACUCCUAACGUGUAAGGAAAGCUUUGCAUAGGUUUAUAGGUACCCGGAUUUGAGACCUAUGCAUUGUUAUCUCAAUUUUGACUUUUGUAAAGUUAUAUCCUUAUUUUAAUUUUGAAUUCAGAUAAAGUUAUUU